AUGGAGGCUGGGGCGGCCUGGGAAGCCACAGAGUCAAACCGCUGUCAUUUCUUUUCUUGCCUCCUCGUCCCCCUCGCAGGCACUUACCCGGUGGAUGUUUUGGAAGAUGACCCCGAAGGUCAUCGGGAAGCAGCUCUGGCUUACUAUGCGGCGCUGAGGGAAGGGGCGCGGUCCGCGGCAGACGUCUUCUCUCUGCCCACCGGGGAGCAGGUUAAACUUGAAGCUUCAUCUGUUUGCUUCUGCACGGUACACCCGGAUGAGCCUCAACACAAACUCUUGGUCUUGGUCAGUCCCCAGGACACAAAGACAGUCGUGGCUGUUUACCUGAAGGACUCCUGGUGGGCCACCGAAGACGUCCUGAGGACCUCCGACCCUGCCAGAGAAGGCCUGAUGAAGGUUCAGUCAUUUGGGGAAAGGAUUGUGCUUUUCAUCCUCAACGUCGUCAUUUUUGGAAGGUUGGAGAGGAACUUGGAUGACGACGCCAUGUUCUUUUUGCCUCACUCUGGGAAGGAGCAGGCUAAGAUCCUGUGGAGGGACGGAGCAGCGGUCGGAUUUUACACAACCAAAGCGAAAGGCAGCCUGUGCGGCGAUGGCACGGGCAUGUGCUACCUGCUGCCCGUCUUGGACACCGUGUUUGUCCGGAGGAGACACCGUGGCCAGGGCCUGGGCGUGGCCAUGCUGCGGGACUUCUGUGAGACCUUCGGAGACGACGAGGCCCUCGGGAUCAGCUGGCCGAUUUCUCCUGCCAUGUACCAAGUCUGUAGGAGGUUCCUGCUGGCCCAUCCGGAGGAGCGGGCGCGCCUGUGGGAGGUGGAGCCCCCGGGAGCCUGGGGCCAGCGAGGCAGCAUCUGGCUGAAGGUUCAGCUCCAGCAGGCGGGGCUCCGGGACCCAGCGUCGGCAUGA